AUGCGCAUUUUUGCCUUGCCACUUGUGGUCCUCACUACUCUCAUAGCGACCGCUUCUGCCGGCUACACCUGCGCCGGACCUGACGCUCGUACUCAGCCCCCUGUUGGCUCCAUUGUUGUCGACCCCACGGGAGCCUACAGCGGCAGCUUCCGCAAUGGCUACACGUGCAACACCAAGUCGUACGCUGACAAUGAAGUCACCAUCACCCAAGCGAAGGCGCAGAAGGACAUUCUUCCCGAGAUUAAGAACGGACGCAACAGCCUCACCAGCACGCUCCUGCUCAAGUCCAACAACGUGAGGACGUACAAUCUCAACGUCGCUAACACGGCCGGCAAGUUCCUGCAGGAUGGUCAGGCGGUGGCUGUGGACAUCGAAGGCGACAACUACGGCUUCUACGCGUGUAAUAUCUCUGGAUAUCAAGACACGGUUUACGCUAAUAAGGGCAGGGAGGUGUUUGCCCGCUCGUACAUCAGCGGCGCCGUCGACUUCGUGUUCGGGUCUCUGGCUGCUGCGUGGUUCGACCCGUCGUACUUCGUCUUCAACAACACGCGCGUGUUCGGCUCGUACGGCAACAGCUCGUCCGACCUCGGCCGUCCGUGGCACCCGUACUCGCGUGUUGUCUGGCAGAACAGCGAGCUCGGUGACUCCAUCAACACGGACGGUUGGCAAAUUUGGGACAACUCAAACAGCACGGCUAACGUCAGCUUCCUCGAGUUCAACAACAGAGGUCCUGGUGCGGCUACGGACAAGCGCGUGUCCUUUGGUAAAGUGGCUAAGGCUGAUGUGGACAUUACGGAGCUCUUUGGAGAGAACUACAAGAACGAGUGGUGGGUUGACCACACGUUCCUGUAG